CUCUGGAGAUUUUUCCUGUCGGUGACGUCAGCACUGGUCAUCGCUUUGUUUCUGUUGUUGCACUUUGAGGAAAACCUGGUGACAUCACGUGAAACGCGUCCCAGGCUAAAAGGAUGGUUAUCCGCACAACCUACUAACAGCUCCACACAUGUAGCGGAGCUGACGCCGCCGCCCUGCCAACAACCCCAGACCAACGUGGCCUUCAUGAAGGUUCACAAGUGCGGGUCUACCACAGUCCAGAAAGUCUUCCUCAGGUACGGGCACAAACAUCGUCUGACGGUCGCACUGCCCCGGGAACGAGAUCGGCCCUCCAUCGGGACAGCCGGCGUCAUCACAAAGCGCGACUACCUGGCCCUACCGAGAGGCUACCCCAACAUUUUUGCCCACCACGCCAUCUACAACAGGACCGGCUUCCACAAACUCAUGCCGAAGAACACCAAGUAUGUAGCCAUCUUGAGAGAACCGUUGUCAAGACUUCGUUCUUCGUUCAAAUACUUCAAGAUGGAGAGGUAUUUCAUAGGCCUGAGGGAGGCGGCUGGUUCAAAACCACCGGUGCUGACAUACCUUGAGGAUCCAAAGAGAUGGGACAAACUCUAUCGACCCUCUACAAGAAAAGACUUUGUGGAUCAUAUCUGUAACCGGAACUGUAUGGCGAGGGAUCUCGGCCUAAAGGAAAAAGACUACGAAAACAAGACCGCCAUUGAAAAUUUCAUCCGGAACAUUGAGAGAGACUUCUCAUUGGUCAUGAUCCUCGAACAGUUUGACCAAUCGAUGGUCUUGCUUCGACGGCGCAUGUGCUGGUCGGUUGAGGACAUUAUGUACGACAGCGUACAACCGUCCAAGAGGUCGAAUUACGGCAAGACCCAAUACAACAUCACCGACAGGAUGCGACAAAAUUUCAUAGAACAUAAUUACGCUGAUUAUUUGUUGUACAAUCACUUUAAGGAAGCAAUUGCGAGACAGAUAACCAAAGAAGGGGCUGGGUUUCAAAAGGAGUUACAGAACUAUCAAAAGACGAACAAAGUAGUCAGUAAGAUUUGUCAUUCUAGGGUGAAAAAUCCUAAUUAUGUAGUACGGUCAAGCAAAGGUCCAAUUUUUCGUGUUGAUAAACUGUUUUGCGACCAAAUGAAGACUGAACGACAACGUUGGGAUCCUGUAUUGAGAAGAGACUACACACGUUCUAUAUUCAACAGAUUUAGCGGAUAGUGGUGCCACGAGACACUGGUAUUCUGAAAGAAAAAUCCUAACUGUACGUAG